UGGAGGUCCCAUUCGAGAGAAUUGGAAUGGACCUCAUCGGACCAUUUCACCCGAGCACACGGGGAUACCGCUUUGUGCUAGUCCUGGUGGAUUACGCAACGCGCUAUCCCGAAGCAGUGCCUCUGCACUCUAUCUCCGCCAAGAGCAUGGCGCAAGCGCUGUUUCAGGUCAUCUCCCGAGUCGGAAUCCCGAAAGAGAUUCUGACUGACCAGGGCACGUCCUUUAUGUCGCGCACAAUAAAGGAACUAUACGGAUUAUUGGGAAUUAAAGCGAUCCGCACCAGUGCGUACCACCCACAAACAGACGGGCUGGUGGAGCGGUUAAACAAGACGCUGAAAACCAUGAUCCGUAAGGUCACGCACAAGGACAAACCAAAUUGGGAUAAAUGGCUGGAGCCCCUAAUGUUUGCGAUGCGGGAGGUACCUCAGGCCUCCAUCGGCUUUACGCCCUUUGACUUAUUAUACGGCAGGAGGCCGCGCGGAGUGCUGGACAUAAUUAAGGAAAGCUGGGAGGAGGGGCCAAGCUCCAGCAAAAACGAAAUCCAGUAUGUCAUGGACAUGCGAGCAAAAUACCACACGGUGGGGCACUUGUCACGCGAGAAUUUGCUCCGUGCCCAGGAACGUCAGCAGCGCACGUAUAACAGGGGGACUCGGCUAAGAAAAUUUUCACCGGGAGAAAAAGUGCUUGUAUUGCUCCCAACUUCCAGCUCCAAAUUACUUGAGCGCUGGCAAGGUCCUAUUGAGGUCACACAGCAAGUGGGUGAUGUGGACUACGAGGUUCGGCGCUCGGACCGGGGCGGAGGCACCCAAAUUUACCAUCUAAACCUACUGAAGGAGUGGAGGGAGGCGGAGCCUGAUUCCAUGGUGAAGGUAGUGAGGGAAGAGGAGGAGUUGGGGCGCAGUUGGCCGGAGGGAGGUACAGUAUCUGGGGUACCACUUGUUGGAGGGGGUAGACAGGUGCGGCCACAGAUGAACAAGACAGCGGCUAUCGCAGCCUGUCCACCUCCCAAGACAAAAAAAGAGGUGAGGCGGUUUUUGGGGCUGGCGGGCUUCUACCGCCGGUUCAUUCCCCGGUUUUUGGACCUGACCAGCCCACUGACUGACCUCACCCGGAAAGUGGCUCCAGAACUGGUCCAGUGGUCGGAGCAGUGCCAGCGGGUGUUUGAGAAGGCAGACGCGUCGGGCAGGGGGCUGGGGGCGGUACUGUCCCAGCGAGUGGGGGGCGUCAACCGCCCCGUCCUGUACAUCAGCCGAAAACUCUCGGACCGGAAGGCGAGGUACAGCACGGUAGAGAGGGAGUGCCUCGCCAUCCGGUGGGCAGUCGGGGCCCUUCGGUACUACCUGUUGGGGCGCGCCUUCAGCCUCUGCUCGGACCACAAACCGCUCCAAUGGCUCCGCCGCAUGAAGGAUGCCAAUGCGAGGAUCACCCGGCGGUACCUCGCGUUGCAACCCUACAACUUCCAGGUGGUCCACAGACCGGGGGCCCAGAUGGCCGUGGCAAACUCCCCCCGUAGAGGGCCGCGAGAGGAAGUCGGCGCGGCGCGGCGGGACGGCUGCCGGCCUGAGACUGGCGGUGGAGGCAUGUUUGAGGGGGCGUGGUCCACGCGUCGCCUGUGGGCGGGGCAUGUGCAGGAGCCGGCUGUGAAGCAGAUGACAGGUGAAUGUCUCAGCUGGAACGAGUUAUCUAAUCACCUGUCUCUUUAUUAGCAGCGUUGGUGACCGCAGAGGGGGAGCUGAAAAUUUAGAGGGAAACCAGAAGGCGAGAGAGAAGGGAAGGAGAAAGACUUGUUGAACUGAAAGAGGAAAAAGACUUUUGAACUGGAAAGAAAAAUAAAAACAU